AUGGCUCAGCUCCCAGAAGGGAAUGGCAGGCCCUUCCUCCUUUGGCAAACCGCCCAACUCUUUGACGCGCCGGCCGAAUAUGACUCUGCUCAAGCCUACCCCGCUGAGAUCAUGAAGCCGGCUGGAUAUAUAUUGGAAACACCCCCUACAACUCACGAUAACCCUCUUACCACCGUUUCCAGACCAGUACCGAUUUCCGUGCCUCCUUUCAAGGUCGACCUAAAGCCGCCCCGUUUUGAUGUCCAAUGGCGAUGGUGGGAAGAUGAAGCCAGCUUUAUCCUGCGAGCAUUUGCGGUUGAAUCCAUCAAACGACUUGUGCAGUUCCGUUUGUAUCACGACGACAACCUCCCAAGGUCCAUACUUCGGAGUCGAGACGCGAACACGGUGACUGCAUUUCUCAACUCCUUGCUAUCUCCCAAUGAUGGCACAGUGGUAACGGAGCUUACUCAUUACGAUAGAGUCGAAAAGCUGCUGAGCCUAUGUCGUUCUAAGGAUAACGAAGCCAGGCCUUGGAGUUGGUUUCCCACGUCCACCCCGAACGAGAUCUGCUAUGAAGCCGUUGCGAGAGACAUUAACGACGAGAGCUACUUGCAGUUUAAGGCAGUUCGGUUCGAAGACUGGGCCCACUACUCACUUGGAUACCCCACGCCAUCGGUGGAAUGGUUCCUCAUGCAACAUUCUCAGCUCUCUAGCUACCUCAUGGCCCAUUUCAACGAAUUCCCUGACCAAGCAUAUAAAUACGUCGAGGUGGAAAAGCGUCUCCGCUCGGGCAAUCCUUUUGCUCAUCAGGCGGUUUUAUGCACUCUUAAAGCCAAAAGAAUUUUGGAAUUUGACGAUUCUCCGUUAUCGGCGCACAGACUUAUGAGAUUCCUCACUAUCCCUAUACAAAACUUGUUCACAACACAGCAAAACGGCCUAAUACGGAUGUUAAAGAAACUGGUGGUAUUGGAGGUCCGCUUCAACCAAAUAUACCAUCGAGGAUCAGAUGUGAAAUGGGAUAGCUACUUUGAGGCUGAAUCUCCCUUACUCGACGAGUUCUUCGAGGCAUCUUCUCCUCGCGCUCUGGCAAGGAGUCUUACACACUCGGAUGACCGGGACUUUACCGGCCUAUGUCUACAAAGCUUCGUUACAGAAGACUCCAUAUUCCGCCGAUUGACAGCAAACUGGGAUAAUUUGUGUACAGUUACCGAGGAGUGUUGUCUCGCUUAUCCGGACCUGAUUGACUAUUUUAAAAGCUGUGUUCAGAAAGCGAACCCGCAAAGGUUUUCAUUCAACCUGCUUUUUCCAGCCACGGGCGCUACAUCACAAGACUUUGUAGGAUUCCCGUCAAAUUUCUUUGACCUCCUUGACGCUGCUAAUAACUACGCAUCAUACCGAAAAAUAUUACAAAACAGGCCUGGGUUACCGUUUCUCCGCCCCCAUGCUAUAGAAUAUCAGUCAUACGGAGAGCUGGGGCUUGUGGGCUUAUUCCCCCUUCCUGAUCUAUAG